GUUUUGGUUUAUUAAAUUAUAUUUUUAAAAGUUUGAGAAAAGAACUCCGCGUAAAUCUUCAGGGUUUGUGCGAAUGAAACAAUUUUUGACGUAAAAAAAAAACAAUGUACUAAACUAGGAAGUAAUAUUCGACUCAGAAGCGGGUCUUGGCUCUGAAAAAGUAAAUUCCGGCUCUACAUUUCUAUUUCUGAUCUGGGUUUGAGGCGUAAAAUAGAGAAAACGCGCUCAUUGGUCGGGCGCGGGUGUGUUUACGCGCGGAGAGGAGCGCGCACGGACGCACGGACGCACGGAGCACAUGGGGACGCGCGGGCACGAAGGACACACCGGCUCUCACCUCUCUCACACCGAACACGGACGCGCACACCUGGAUUUUACGCCGAAAAACCGAGAUUUUCGUUUUGGUUUGGAGUUUGGUUCCCGGUUUUUAGUGACUUAUGAUGAAGAUUAAACCCCACCAGACCAGGACGUACGACUGCGAGGGCUUCAAGCGGCGAGCGGCGUGUCUCUGCUUCAGAAAUGAGAAGGAGGAAGAGGUGUUACUGGUGAGCAGCAGUCGGCACCCGGAGCAGUGGAUCGUUCCUGGAGGAGGAGUGGAGCCGGAGGAGGAGCCGAGCGGAGCGGCCGUCAGGGAGGUGUUUGAGGAGGCCGGUGUCAGAGGGAAACUUGGUCGGCUUGUGGGGGUUUUUGAGCACAAUGAAAACAGAAAACAUCGGACAUACGUUUAUGUUCUCACUGUGACGGAGACGCUGGAGGACUGGGAGGAUUCUGUUAACAUUGGAAGAAAACGCAAAUGGUUCAAAGUGGAUGAGGCCAUUCGAGAGCUGCAGAGGCACCGGCCGGACCACGCGCAAUACCUCCGGACUUUGAUAAAACACUACAGCCCCACGCGCGGCCCUGUCACUGACCCUGUCUGUGGCCCUGUCUGUGCCCCUGCCAACGGAAACUCCACGUCUGAGCACAGCCCGCCGCAUUACGAGCUUUGUUCCACAGACUCCGAGCGAGUCAACCGAUAAAACGCGAAGAACCGAGAGAACCGACGUGAUGCGAUCCUCUGAAAUGGACGUUUAAUCUCACCUCAGUGCCUUUGGAUUUGGAAUAGAUCAGGGAAGAAAGUGCGUUGUUCUUUUGUCAUAUUUCAAGGUCUAAAAACUGACUCUCGUGAGCGUUAAAGCCAUGUUAUAAUCCUCAUCCAAAACAGACCUGGAGUUGUGUUUUUUUGUUUCAUUCAUACAUGUUUGAGUAACUUUUUAUUAUUAUUAUUAGUCUGUCUACCUUGUGACGUCAUGAAGUGGCACUUUUCAUGUUAACAGCUACAUUUUACUUUUUAUUCACUAGAAAUGGGCAGUUCCAGAGCUGAAAGUGUAUGUACUUUAAAAACACACUGGAGUUCUUCUUUCCGUUUGACUCUAAAUGUGCAGGUUUGUGAGUUAAACUUGUGGGAAUGAAACAAAACACAACUCCAGGUCUGUUUGUGAUGAGGAAACUACAUUAUAACAGAGAUCAGAAAGUAGUUCUUGCCUCUAGACCAGGUCAUGGGCCAGAUCUGUGGAGGGGAUCCUGCUCACCUGCAACUGAAUAAAUGCAGAGGGGUGUGUUUAAUGCCAUACCAGGCAAAGAAAAAACAUCUCCAUGGAGACUUUCAGUGGCCUCAGUCGGGUCUGAUUGUUUUCUUUGACAGGUCAGAGCUGCAGACGGAUCUUUACAAACAGAUUUAGUAAAACAGUGUGUUUGUCAAUGAUUAUAUUCUAUUACAGUUUUCUGUCGUAGCUGUUUUGUGACAGGGGUGUCCAAACUUUUACCACCGAGGGCCACAACUCGAAAAACAUGUUUGAAGCAGACGACCAAAGACCUGUGGUUUGUGCAGUGAAUCAUUCAGACGGUGCUUUUCUGCUUCUGCCAGAAAAGCACAGGUUCAGGUGGUUCAGGAACAACCUGCUUUCAUAAGAACUGAAACAUGAAUUUAGUGUGUGUAUCACACGGCAGUGUGAUGUUUUUGAGGUUAUAGUGAGAGUAUUAUUGCCUGGGAAAUCCAGAAUGAUCUCUGUGUUUUUAUACAGAUUAGUAUCAGUCUGGUCCUUGUGCCCUCUGCUGUGGCUCAAGUCCAAACGUGAUCGUCCCAUCAGACUUGUUUAUUUCAGUGAUGCUUGUAAAACUGGAGCUACUGAUCGUAUAUAAAAUCAACUUUAUCAAGUUGAACAGAGUUUUGUGCUUUGCUCAUAAACAGGAAGAUUCACCAAUGACCAGACUCACAUCUCUGUGAAAUACUGAAGACGGUUGAGUUCUGGACCCAGGCUGGUAGAACUGCUUAAAUUUGCUGUAAAAAGCACUGACUAUGAUCAGUCAGGUCAGUUCAACUGGACGCCUCAGGGCCAAUAAAAACUGGUCUGAGGACCGCGUUUGGCCCCCGGCCCAUAGUUUGGACACCUCUGUUUUAUGAGAUAUUGUGAGGAGUAUUUUGUAUUUUCAUGGUCAUCUGAAGCAGCCGCUGAUGACAACAAACGAGCUGCUGUUUGAUAAAGACAUCGACAACUAUUCACCACUGUAAUAAAGUUAGUUUAACUGUAUCAGUUACAAAGGCUUAGAUUUUUACAUUGGUCUCACAAUGUGUCUCCUUAUAACUUAUACGUGCCUUAAAUACAACGGUGUCAAUGUUCUGAGUGAAGAUGUAAGUGGCUGUUAAAUCUGUGUUUUCUCUUUAAAAUCUAAUUAAAAACGACUCUAUUCAAUCAAAACUUACACUUUCUUCUGUUCAGUAUGUCUGGACCUGUGGUCUGGACCCAGGUCUGAUAAUACAAAAUAUAGUGUUCCAUAAAAGAUGAGAAAUAAAUUUGUAUUAAAAUUAUACUUUUUGUACAAAAUUACAGCAAUGUUUUUGAUAAAAUAGACUUGCCUGUGCCAUUAAUCUCAUAAACCUGAGGGGAAAUGUUGUGUUCGUGUUUAGUGUUUACGUCGACAGACUUUAUUGUAAUGAUAAUUUAAAGAUCCUGUGUUACACAAAGUUGAGUGACAUGGAGUUUUGUUUUGUUUCAUUCACACCUUUUAUUAUUUCUCUGUCUACAUCUCCAAAGCUCAAAAUGCUCUGUUCCACCUUGUGAUGUCAUGAACUUAACAGCUCCUUUUACCUUUAGUUCACCAGAGAUUCUGAAAUCAUCCAGAUGAUUCUAGUGAAGGUGUGUGGAGUUUAAAAACACAGUGGAGUGUUUUCUGCAGGGUUUGUGUUUUAAACAUGUGAAUGAAACAAAACACAACUCCAGGAAACAUCUUCAGAACAGAGAUUAGAGUGGAAUAUGGGCCUAGGGUGACCAGAGUUUCAAAAUUUUAAACUAUGACAGACUCGGGUUGUGAUGAUUGUUGUAAAUAAAAUGUUAAAGAGUG